AUGUCCGCAGAAAAAUUGGAUUUGCUUCUAAAUGAAAUAGGGCCUCUACUCCUGCAUAAUACUAGUAAAAGUGGUGCUUUAACCCCAAAGCAACAGUUAUUUGUAGCUUUACACUGGCUUGGAUGUGGCGCCCAAUACCACAUAGUCGGUGAUGCACAUGGAGUUGACAAGAGCACUGUUUGCCGUACUGUUCAAAGAGUAGUGAAUGUAGUGAAUGAUGUUCUUUUAAAUCGAAUUGUUAGAUGGCCAGAAAAUAUUCCUAACGAAAUAGAAAAGUUUUAUAGAAUCGCCCACUUCCCCCACGUUUGUGGUGUUGUAGAUGGUUCGCUUAUACCUAUUGACGCACCUACAAACAAUGAACCUGCUUUUGUUGAUCGAUGGGGAGACCAUUCGAUUAAUUGUAUGUUUGUGUGUGGAGCAACAAAAUUUUUUUACUACGUGAGUGCAAACUGGCCAGGAAGUGUUCAUGAUGCUAGAGUUAUGCGGAACAGCAAUUUGUAUAGACGGUUUGAACGGCAAAAUAUAUUUCCCAAUGCUGUAAUUUUGGGUGACACAGCCUAUCCGUUGAAACAAUGGUUGAUGCCGCCAAGACACAACAACCCAAACAAUCCUUUGGAAGAAAGGUACAACAGACGGCACAAGGGUACUAGGCAGGUCAUAGAGGGAGCUCUGGGCAUCUUGAAAGAAAAAUUUCCAUGCUUACACCAUCUUCGUGUAGAACCUAGAUAUGCAGCAAAUAUUGUAAAAUGUUGCACUACGCUUUGCAAUUUUGCACGUAUUGGUGUAAAUGAUGAUGAAGUUGAAGUUCUAAACGAAAAUAAUCUAAUUCUUCAAGAAGAUGAGAACAUUGUUCUAGAUCAUCCUGAGCGGGAAGUACCGAUUAGAGCCGCCAUUCUUCGUCAAGAACAAAUUUUAAACUUAAUGAACAAUUAA